AUGAGUAAUAGAAAGAGUACGGCAGCUAGUCUCCUUUUACGGCAAUACAGAGAAUUAACAGACCCUAAAAAAGCUAUCCCAUCAUUUCACAUAGAAUUAGAUGAUGAUUCAAACUUAUUUGUAUGGAAUAUAGGUGUAAUGGUCCUCAACGAGGACUCUAUCUAUCAUGGAGGUUAUUUUAAGGCACAAAUGAGAUUUCCUGAGGAUUUCCCAUUUUCUCCACCACAGUUUCGUUUCACUCCAGCAAUUUAUCAUCCUAAUGUUUAUAGAGAUGGUAGACUUUGUAUAUCGAUCUUACAUCAAGGUGGUGAUCCGAUGACUGAUGAACCAGACGCUGAAACUUGGUCCCCCGUACAAACGGUAGAAAGUGUUUUAAUUUCUAUCGUGUCAUUAUUGGAGGAUCCAAAUAUUUCUUCACCUGCAAACGUCGAUGCUGCAGUAGAUUAUAGGAAGAACCCUGAACAAUAUAAACAAAGAGUGAAAAUGGAAGUGGAAAGAUCAAAACAAGAUAUCCCUGUGGGAUUCGUUAUGCCCACUUCUGACUCUGCAUACGUGUCUCAAACAAAUAGUACUGAACCCGAACCUGCUAAGUAUGCCACCGAUAAUUUCUGGUAUGAUAGUGAUCUAGAAGAUGGAGAGGAUGUUUACAAUUAUGAUGAAUAUCGUGACGGUAAUGGUGACAGCGAAGAGGAAGAUAUUGAGUUUGAAGAUGACGACAAUGAUAGUAUAGAUACGGAUAGUGUCAUGGAUAGAAAACAGCCAAGAACUGCCGGCGAUGAAAGUGAAGAUGUUGAAGAAGUAGAGAGAAUGGGCAAGAAGUAA